GAGAUUGCACAUAGAAGUAGUAGAACAUCAACACCAACUAGAUACGAUUUGAGUUGAGUUUUGUCCAAAAAAAAGUACCCCCAACUUAUCAAAAUCUCUGAUUGUUCUUCUUCUUCUUCUUCUUCAUCAGUAGUAAUGGAUGACCGUUAUUCAAAGAACAAAAAGAAAUCAAAUAAGAAGAAAAAGAACAAUGGUGGUAAGAAGAAGAGUAAUAAUAAUUCCAAGAUAAGUGCUGAACAAAAAUUACACAAUCAUGUAUAUGAUUGGGUUUUUCAUGAUUCAAUAUCUCCACCUGCUUCUUCUGUUAUUACUACUUGUGCUGAUGAUUUUGGUGUUCAGAGGAGUUUUGUUGGUAAGGUUGUUUUUGAGCUGCAUUCUCAUACAAUCUGCAGUGAUGGAUAUCUAUCUCCUACUGCUCUUGUUCAAAGAGCUCAUAGGAACGGGGUGAACGUUCUGGCUCUAACGGAUCAUGAUACCAUGGCUGGCAUCCCUGAAGCCUCAGAAGCUGCUCGUAAACUUGGCAUCAGGUUAAUCCCAGGAGUUGAGAUUAGUACAAUAUACACUCCAAGCGAAGAGUCUGGAAAUGAGGAACCUGUUCACGUCCUUGCCUAUUAUGGUAGUUGCGGGCCUUCAAGAUGUGAGGAACUCGAGAACCAUUUGGCUAAUAUAAGGGAGGGUCGUUACCUUCGUGCAAAGAACAUGCUUUUGAAGCUGAGCAACCUUAAUAUGCCGCUCAAAUGGGAGAAUGUAGUCAAGAUCGCUGGGGAUGGAGUCGCUCCUGGUAGGUUACAUGUGGCUCGUGCUAUGGUCGAAGCAGGUUAUGUGGAGAACUUGAAGCACGCUUUUAGCCGAUAUCUGUAUGAUGGCGGACCAGCUUACUCAACAGGUAAUGAGUUAAAUGCGGAAGAAGCGGUGGAAUUGAUCUGCCAGACAGGUGGUGUUGCUGCAUUGGCUCAUCCAUGGGCAUUAAAGAACCCUGUUGGAGUCAUCAGGCGGUUGAAAGCCGCGGGACUUCACGCAAUUGAAGUUUAUAGAAGUGAUGGAAAGCUUUCAGCAUUUAGUGAUCUCGCUGAUACUUACGGGCUCAUCCAGCUCGGAGGAUCAGAUUAUCACGGAAAAGGGAACCAUGAUGAAUCUGAUCUGGGGAGUGUGAAUCUUCCAGUGACAGCUCUUCAUGAGUUCCUAAAACUUGCCCGACCCAUCUGGUGUGAUGCUGUUAAGAGCAUACUACAGAAGUUUGCUGAAGAUCCCUCUGAUGCGAAUCUUGAGAAGCUCGCUAGGUAUGGGAAGAUUAAAAACCUUAACGGGAGUUUAAAUAGUAAAAAUGUGGUUGAACUUUGCCUUUCAUGUUGGUUGUUGAGGGAAGAGAGGCAGGGCGUCGAGUUUGAAAACCUGAGAUUGAAGCUGUCCCGCACCGAGGGUGCUGUUAUGGCGCAACUGUAGAUAGUGUUUAUCUCUACCUUCUCAUUUUGAUGUCGGAGUAGUUAUUGGUCCCCAUUUCAAGUUUUAUCAGAGGUUGAUAUCAUUUUUGGGGGGUUUCUUUGAAAUUGUUGUUACCAGUUUCUGUAUUUUGUUUUUGUUUUGCAAAACAGUUUCAUAGUUGAAAAGAAAGAGUGAUAGCAAUCAAUUUCAGGAUUCUAUUUCUUUACAGAAUUUCCUUUAGCUUCAAUUAUUUUGUUGAAA